AUGAACUGCCAGCACUUUGAGAGAAGAGGCAAUCAGGACGCCACGGCUCCGCCUGACGCAAUGGCUCAACCCUAUCCCCCAGCAACAUAUCCACCCCCCCCACAGAAUGGUAUCCCUCCAGAGUACGCUCCUCCACCACCACACCCGCAUCCAGCACAGGACUAUUCGGGGCAGAGCACAGUACCUGAGCAUGCCUUGACGCUCUACACCCCAGCACAGAGCCACUCCGAACAGCCGGGCACUGAUGCCAGCACGCAGUCCAUAGCAGGCACACAAACGCAGACAGAUGAAGCAGCGCAGACAGACAACCAGACACUACACCUACCAGAGAAUGGUUCCGACAAGCAGCAGCCUAAGCGGCUACACGUUUCCAACAUCCCUUUCCGCUUCCGGGACCCUGAUCUGCGGCAAAUGUUUGGACAAUUUGGAAAGAUCCUGGAUGUUGAGAUCAUUUUCAAUGAGCGUGGUUCCAAGGGUUUUGGGUUUGUAACUUUUGAAACUAGUGCAGAUGCCGAUCGGGCACGGGAGAAGCUGAACGGCACCAUCGUAGAGGGACGCAAAAUUGAGGUCAACAAUGCCACUGCACGGGUCAUGACAAACAAAAAGGCAGCUAAUCCCUACACAAACGGCUGGAAGCUGAACCCUGUAGUGGGCGCCGUCUAUGGCCCUGAAUUCUAUGCAGUGACCGGUUUUCCAUAUCCAGCUACAGGAACCGCAGUAGCGUACCGGGGGACGCACUUAAGGGGCCGAGGGCGCACAGUCUACAACACUUUCCGAGCGGCUCCCCCACCUCCCCCCAUCCCCACUUAUGGAGCAGUGGUUUACCAGGACGGAUUCUACGGUGCUGAAAUUUAUGGGGGCUAUGCAGCCUACAGAUACGCCCAGCCUGCGGCAGCAGCAGCAACAGCUUACAGCGACAGUUACGGCAGAGUUUAUGCAGCUGCAGACCCUUACCACCACACUAUUGGCCCUGCUGCCACCUACAGCAUCGGCACCAUGGCUAGUCUAUACCGAGGAGGGUACAGCCGCUUCACUCCCUACUAG